GCCGGACCCAGCAUCAAACGAACCAAAACCUCAGACGAUUCUGGACUGGACAUGGACAAUGCCACAGAGAACGGAGGAGGGGACAUGGCAAUGGACGGGGCCAGCGAGAUUGAGCUGGUGUUCCGCCCUCACCCGACGCUAAUGGAGAAAGAAGACGCCACGCUGACAAGGUACAUUAAGACUUCGGGGAACGCCACAGUGGACCACCUCUCCAAAUACUUGGCUGUCAGAUUGGCUUUGGAGGAAUUGCGCAAAAACGGAGAGGCAAGUCCCAUCAACGUAGAGGCAGCCAGCGAAAAACAGUACACCAUCUACAUCCCUACCGCAAACAACCAGUUCACGGUCCUGAAUGGCUCUUUCUCUCUGGAGCUGGUGAGCGAGAAGUACUGGAAAGUCAACAAGCCCAUGGAGUUGUACUUUGCUCCAACGAAGGAGCACAAAUAAAUCCAGUGAGCCUGACCCAGGACAGACUGUGAUGGUUCAUCUGCUCUUCUCUCUCCCUGUUUCUUUGUCUUUCUCUCGCUGUUCCUCCUCAUUUGGAGUAUACUAGUCUCUGGAGCCCCAGCUCCUGAAUUACUGUGGCUGCUUUGAUUUGGAUUUUUUUAAUUGUC